AUGAAGCCCAAGCCUUGGUCAACUCAUGAGCUACUUCCUCGCCAGCUUCCAGGCAACGUCUCUCCAGAUGUAAUUGCCCAGUUAGAUUUCUCGGAUAAGACGACACUCGUUCCUGUGGUAUGGGCUGUCGUGUUGAUUGAGGCGGUCCUAAUUACCGUCGUGGUUGUGUCACGCCUCAUGGUCCGUCGCCUUGUCAUAGGCCGACUCUUCAUGGACGAUGCCCUAAUCGUCGCUGCCAGCUUGUUUACGUUGGCAUUCUGUGGAAUCAUCCUCGCUGGUACGAGCCCUCUCUGA